UCAUUGUACAUUUAUAGCGUUUAUUUUUGUAUGCGGUGUCUGGGGUAAAAACAGCAUCAAUUCGUCACGCCGUGAGUUAUGAAAACGCGAUUUUUUUGGAAGUUAUUACAAUAUGGCCCGCCAAUGUGCAGUAACACUGUGUGAAAACUUCCAGAGGCAGAAGGUGUUCUACGAAUAACAAAAACAGAAAUGGCAGAGUUUGGCAGCAUGAACAUGACUACAAAUACGCCGUCUGCAACUGGAAGUGGUGGACAUGACUUGGAUGUUACUUACAAGAUCGCUGGAAUCGUUGGAGGAAUAGUUGGAGGAAUUGGUGGCUUUCUGGUGGCUCUGUUGACACUUUGUUUUGGAAUAUUUAAAUACAUUGAGAAACGCCAUAGUCAACAUGAAGAAAGUGGUCAACACUCACAACACGAGGAAAACAUAGAAAUGAUCCAGUCGAUAACUGACACAGAAAUCACCGGACUCCAGGGGUCGGGUACCUUUGAGGAUUUGCAACAGGAAAUUAUUGACAGUUACAAGGAAACUGCAACGACUAUUCCUGCACACCCUACACUGCAGUCACGUAAUGUGGGUAUUGAUCAGUUCUUCAUUCCCCUGCAUCUCAAAAAGAACAUUCCAGGCAAAACAACAUCAGAGAGAUCGGUGACAUUACCAGAAGGAAAAAUAUUCUUGGAUGAAGAACAAAAUGUAAUUCUCCAAUCCUUGGAUGAUUUGUUCGAUCAGGAAAUAGUUAAGGAAAUCAAGAUUCUUCUUUUUGGCGGGGCCGGGACGGGUAAAUCAACCCUGUUAGUGAAAGUUACAAACUCCUGCAUCACACUCGGUUCAAAACCCCUUCAUGGUAGAUUUGAGCUUGUGCUUUGGAUAAAGCUGAGGCACAUGCAGCAAUCUAGUUGUGUCUUGGAUGCCAUAUUUGACCAAAUUCUAGCACGUAACACCAAACUGACGAAACACAAAGUGAAAGGGUUCAUUGAUGAUCACGAAUCACGCAUUGCUUUUCUGUUGGACGGAGUGGAUGAAAUCCCAUCUCAUGUUUUGCAAUCUGAGGAGGGCGUAUACAGGGUUCAGGAUAUCUUACACAACAGAGUCCUUACACAAAGUUUUGUGCUGGUCACAACCCGACCACACAAGAUGAGUUAUGUACUUGGGGGUACAGCGAAUUUCGCUCAGGUGGAGACACUGGGCUUCACACCACAAGAUAGAGAUCAGUACAUCAGAUUAAACCUUCCUGAUGAUGCUGACAUGGGAGAGGCAUUGAUUUCAUAUCUGAAAGACAAUGCAAAUCUUCAGCAAAUGGCUGUAGUUCCAAUCAUUUCCCAGAUGCUGUGCCUUGUUUGGAAGAAUCAAAAGUCACUGCCUGAGAGAAUUACCGAGCUGUACACAGAAUUUGCGGUGGCUCUUUUCAAGCGCCGCAAUAAAGAUAUGAGUGAUGAACAGGUAAUGUCUAACAUGAUGUCCAUCAUUGAUGGCUUGGGGCCUGUUGCAUUGCAAGGGUUACUAGACUCUAGAGGGGAAAGGCUCAUGUUCAAAGAAAGUGAAUUUCAGUCUUGCUUAGAUAAGGGUCUUGCAGUGGGUUUUGUUCAAAGUGAAAAGUUCCAGUGUGGACCGGGUGAAAGAGUGUUGGUCACUUUCCCCCACAAGUCCAUCCAAGAGUACUUUGCAGCAUGUCACCUGGUGAAAUUACCAGACGAUGAUGAAAACAAUUUUCAUUGUCAGUUGGAGCAGAUUGGAGAAUGCAAUAUUCUUGCGAUGGAAUACCUGCUGAGAUUUUGUUGUGGUAGAUCAAUGCAGGCUGCUGGUCUCAUUCUGGAUCACAUUCAAGAGAUGCAAGGUGAUGAGAUGGAACUGCAGAGAUUGGCUCUUUUGUUGCUAUUUGAGUCUGGUUCAGAAGAGUUUUCUACCAAACUAGUCAGACCAACUCGCGUAGACUGCCAUAGGAACGAAGACCUAAAAUCACUGAGCUACUACUUACAGCAUGUCACUCCGCCACUUGAAGGUACAAUUUUUUACAUGGAUGUAAGAAAGCAGGAGCUUAACCUUCUGAGGGAAAUUUAUCUGAGUGACAGCAUGGAGUCAAAUGAGCUGAUAUUGGUUCACUACUUCUUGUCUGAGCAGGAGGAGGAGGAGCUUAGUCUCCUUGAGGAAACGCUUGGUGUUGUGGAUGAACAGGACCGUGCUCAAUUAGGCAUUGUGGUUUGCAUUGAGGCAAAGUCAUGGUUUGACAUUGGGCGUGUAUCCCACAGCUUUUUCUGCAUGCAGGAUCAAAUAGGCAUCCUCGGAUUGGGUAUGAUUCAACGAUCACCGGAUGAGGUUGUCAAUCAAGUAAAGGCACUGGAAGGAUGCAGGUUGAGUUAUCUCUCACUGUGUGACACCAACCUGCAUGGACGGGUUAGAGAUGUCAGCCACAUCUCGUCAUCCCUUAGAGCUUUACUCCUCAGCGAAUGCAGGUUGGUCGAUGAUGACAUGAAGGACCUGGGGAGCAUCCUUCCUACUGGGCAUGCUUUAGAAUAUCUUAACCUUGAUGACAAUGCAUUCAGUUUGGAUGCAGUGACGGCUCUCACCCGUCAUCUCCAAGGUCUCCCUAAGUUACGUCACCUCAAACUUCGUAACAUCGGCCUCGAUGCUGAGCUCGUCAGACAUGUUGUAAGUGAAAACCUCCCUCACCUGGAGGAAACAGAAGAGGGGGAAUUCAAAGCCUAAAUAAUAAUUCACCAAGUCAUAACUCUCACUGCCUUCCCUAUGAAUGCGCCAUGCUCAUGAGGCACAUUACAUUGAAAUGAGUACAUGUGUAGCUCGUAUCAUUGGUCAUUUUCCAUCAAGUCAAUAUUCUGUGACAAACAAAAGAAUAAGUAAAAGAAUACAAUAAACAACGGCAGUCAAUAACAACAACAACUUUACUUUCAGAGGACAAUAAGGGGCUUGAUAACAAAUGAAAAUGUCAACAAAAAGGUUUCAAUACAAAUAGAUUUAUUUGGGAUCUUCUUAUUAAUAAACAAAUAAAUUCAGCAUAGUAGUGGUGCGCCAUAGCCACAAUAUGCUUAAGUAUUGUGCAAAUUGUGAUAAAUGCAUGAAACUUCGCAUGUUGGUUCUUCAUGCCAUG